GUUGCAGCCCCCCUGAAUGAUGGUUCCUUUGCACAGUCUGGUCACUACUUACUGCUGGCAUACACAGCAUGAGAACGACAAGGUUGACGUGUACACAGCUGCAGCUGACAGGCUUCCCGGCGGACUGCAUAUCUCACAUUUCCUUUCUGAAGCCAUGCCUGAUUUCUGUGAGGUCUUACUACACCGCUUGAUCGCUGGCAGCGCUAGUCUCGCCAAAGUGCACGUAGUCAGAGAUGACUCCUCACCUACCGAAAAGUACACUUUGCCACCAAAACCGGACGUCAGGAAACAUGCGCAGUGUAAACAGCUGGAUCUUAAAGUCCAAGUGUAAUUUCCGAUCGGAGCGGUAUGUCAGAACUCCAAAUGUGAGGCAAUCCAGCAGCGCCCUGUAGGCACAAGGGGAUACGACCUGAGGCCCGGUUUGGAUGGUGGCUGUUUUUAUUAUGCUUCCCUGAGGGCCUGUCUGCAUCAACAUUGUAAUGCAGUCCACAGAUUGAGAGACAACAGAGAGGUUAAAACUGCAGAGGGGACUGCUCAUCUGCUGGGUUGGGAACCAACAUCCAGGGCAAGUGUGGAUGGGAUGGGAGAGGAAAGACAUUAUAAAUCUGUCACGCCUAUUGAACCAUGGUUCAGUUGACAGUUGGAACGAUUGCCGACCGCACACCACCUCCCAGUCCCAAAAUGCCAAAUGGAUCAGCGAGGGCAGGCAGCGCGGUGACAGCUAAUGGCACCUCAACACUUCCCCGGCAGCUACAACCCAAAACAGCGAACAGCCGGCAAGAGCGUGGGUCCUGCUCCUCCACUUCAUCCUGCCCUGUAUGCUCUGAGGGCCAGAGCGACCCAGAGGAAGAGCCUCUGCCUUGCUACCCCUCCAGCCUCUCCUCUCCUAGCCUGCAGAGUUCCCUUCCCAACCUCCAAAGCUCUGUCCCCAGCCUCCGGAGCUCCAGCAGCACCCUCCGAAGCUCCAGUCCCAGCCCCCACAGUGCCAGCUCCAGCGAAGAUGACAGCAGCUGGGAUACUAACAGCUGGAGUUCGGGGGCCACCUGCUUGUUGCGCAGCUCCAUAAAGAAGCAUAGCGAAGAGGUCUUCCAGGCUCGUCUGGGCUCCGGCAGCAGGGGGGAGAUCGUUACUGGCUCUGAGGGCAGCCAUUUGAAUGGUGAUGGCAUCGAGGGGAGCUGCACUCGACCUGAGUGCCAGGAGGGGGCAGAAUGGGCACUGGGGAGGAGGGAUUCCUUGCAGAGCCUCUCCUCCAGCCAGGGUAUAGAUGCAGCAUCAGGUAAUUUAGACCAAAAGAUUGAAGACAAGCUCAAGUUCUCCCAGUUCCUGGAUGAGGUGACCUGCAGAGUGCUGGCCCCGGGCAGCCUCGAGGCCUUCGGCAUCCUCCGGCAGAAGGACCCUGCCUCCUUCUGGGAAGAAAGUCCCAGCACCUACAUCAGGGAGCCCAGGAGGAGCAGCGUGGUUGACUCCGUAUACCAGUGGACUAAGACCCUCCCGAGCUGCAAGAUUCUCGAUGCCAACGACAUCAUGAGGAACUCGCUGGAGGAGCGAGGUUCCCAGGAGUCACCAGGGAGAGCUUACCUGGAGACAGACAUCGACAGCGUGAGGUUGGAGGACGAACUGGAAUCAAACUCCUUCCGGGAGACAAGGAAAGAGAGCCUCAAAGAGAGGGAGAGGGGGAUGGAGAGGCGAGCCAAGCGGAUCACCCCAGAAAGGACGAGAUCACCAACCCCUCUCUUGAACUGGAGCAAAGACUUGCCCAAAUAUUCCUACAGGUCCACGUCUCUGCCCCGCAGCAUGAACAGCUUGGCCUGCGAUGGUGAAAUGCAUAACAUAAGCUCUCUACAGGAGCAGAAGGACGAUCUGCGCAAAAGACUGUCCUACACCACCCACAAGCUGGAGCUGCUGGAGACGGAGUUCGACUCGACGCGGCAGUACCUGGAGACGGAGCUGCGUCGGGCGCAGGAGGAGCUGGAGAAGUUCACCGACAAACUGCGCAGGAUACAGAACAGUUAUGCAGCUCUGCAGAGGAUCAAUCAGGACCUGGAAGAUAAAAUCCACAGGGCGUCUCAGCACCACGAUGAGGAGAAGAGAGCCCUGAGCCGAGAGAUCAUUGUGCUCAACAACCAUCUCAUGGAGGCCAAGAUUACCAUUGAGAAACUGCGAGAGGACAACGACCUGUACAGGAAGGACUGCAACCUAGCUGCCCAGCUGCUGCAGUGCAGCAAAUCCCACUACAGAGCCCACAAGCUGUCAGAGCUGCCAUCUGAUUUCAAGGAACGGCUCAGCAUGCACAUGGAGAAGCAUAGCUGCGGGGUCACCAUGGCUCUCUGUCACUCGCCCUACCCCGACUCUGUGCCUACCUCCGUCAUCGCCAAGGUGCUGGAGAAACCAGAGUCCGGCACCAGUUGCCCAGCCUCCCGCUCGCCGAGCCCUCAUCCCCAGGACCCAGAGUUCCUGGCCAACAGCAUGGGCAGCAGCGAGGGCCUUCACCGCCGCGCGGCCUACAAGUCCUCGGACCUGUACAGCAGCGACACAGCCCUGUACUGCCCGGAAGAGAGGCAGCGAGAGCGGCGGCAGAGCGCGGACCUGCAGGGGCCGGAGACGGGCGUCCUCCAGCCCCAGAACUCCACCGACAGCAACCCCGAGGAGGACGGCUUCCACCCCGGGUUCGCCCACCUUGAACCCUCCUUUGCCGAGUUUGCCGUCGGUUCCCUGCCGGCCUCCAGCUCCUACUCCAGCUUCAGCAUGGCCUCGGACGAGAAGGGCCACGCCCUCAGCAGCACCAUCUCCUCCUCACAGCAGGCCCUCUACAUGGACUGGCGGGACGGCGAGUAUGAGCGCAAGAGCACCUCCUCCUACGAAAAGGACAGCCCCAGCUUCCCCAAGUCAAGGAGCUUCCAGCAAGUGGCCCAAGGCCCGCAGAAUGGCAGCGCUCCAGCCUACGUUAGGACCGCGUCCUGCUUCAGUGAACCCUAUCACUCCCCACGCCUCACCUCCUCCCAUAGUGUGGGCUCUGCCCAGCCGUACGACGGUGGCCGCGGCAGCGUCCACAUCCCAGAGGAGGAGCUGAGCGGUCGCUGGAGGCAGCUGAGCGUGGAGGAUAUCAACGCAUACUCCUACCGAAACCUUGGCCGGGUUUCUCCCUACAGCUUCUCGGAGCAGCACUUCGCCGUGGGCCCGUCCAAGAUCAAGCUGGGCCCCCUCUACAGCAGCUUCCAGGAGGGGGACGACGUCUACCAUAGUGCCAUCCUGGACCAGUGCUUUGCGGCCUCUCCCAGCCCCAGCCCAGAGCACAGCCUGGGCCUGUGCAAGCAAGACAAGGGGCCCCUGUACCGGGCAAAGGAGGACAGCCAAGAGUCAGAGCGCAGUCUCUUCCACUCAGGAAGCUCCAAGGACAAGGAGAGCACCGCCGGCAGCAUGAAGAAGGAAUACGUGGACGUCAGCCCCAACAGCUCGGCCGAGUCCUUAAACCAAAGCCCCUUGGAGCCGUGCGACAUGCAACAUUACCAGCUAGAACGGCAGAGCCCCACCCACCAGAGGAAGAUGCCGACACAGUACCAAAAAUCUGGGAACACGGGCCUCUGUAGGAAGGACAGCCUCACCAAGGCGCAACUGUACGGCACCCUGCUCAACUGAGUGGCUCAGCCUUGAUGAAGGUCGUAGUUCUUUAGGCCUCUUCCGUGCCUGCUUUUAACCCAGGAGCAACCAAGAUUUGCUGCAGCUUGAGUUUCCAGUGCAGGUAGAUUUCAGAGGCGCUUCAAAUGUAACACAAGAGCUGCUUAAAAGCCAGUGUGAAUAACAUGUUUGAUACAAAAUGUAUCAAAAGUGCCAAGUCAAGAGAUGGAGGCCCAAUUUCUGCAGUUGCUGUUUUUAUUUUUUAGAUACUAUACUGUACUCAGUGGUUAGUAAGGCAAGUAUUAAUUCACUAAUCUUUAAGGCCAAAUGGCAUUUAUGAGAGGAGGCCUUUCAGCUGCUGAAAAUCAUAAAUUGAGUAUUGUUGGUUUAUAUCUCAUGCUGCUCAUUUAGAGAUCAAUGAACAUAACAUUUCUCCUUGAUUGUUGUGAAGAAAGGGUGUCAUUCUGAAAAAGCAAUAACACGGAGAGUGAUGAUGUUGGGAAUAGUGUGAAUGGAUUCCAAUUGCACUAUAAUGUAAUUGGCAAAGCUACAAACAAAGGCAGCUUUGGAAAUGACUGUUAUACUAAUUAUGUAUUUGCAUACAGUGCAUAUUAGGUGUUCGAAAGUCAGAUUUGUUGGCUCUAACAAAUUACAACAUGGUCACAAAAGAACUGUUGGGAAUUCUGACCUCCCACUGUCUUUCAGUUUCUCUCAGUAUGUAUACGUACAUUUGUAUGCCUCAUUUUGGUAGUUCAAUUGUGGGGCUUAGAAAGAAGCCUCUAUAAAUCACUGAUAAAAUUUGUUUGGCACAAUUUGGCUUUUAUAUCACAAAUUACCCUGGGCUGUGGUUAAGCCCUUUGUAAGCUUAACUUUGAUCCAAAACAAAAAUUAGCUGGCAGGUUUAGUCAACUCACUCCCACCAGACACCCCUGGUACAUUUUGCCUUAAUUCUUUUAGGUUGCUGGAGCUGUCGGUUUGGUGAAACCCCACAGUUGUGUAAAUAUGUGUUUAUAAUUCUGGGUAUACAGAGCGUUCUAGAUAGGCCAGGUCCUCCUUCAGCAUUGUGCAUUUCAGAGAGAGGAUCUGCAUGGGCCGCGUUGACCAAACCAGAAUUAGCCACUUGCUCCGACAAUUCCUUUUCACUGUGGUGUUAUUUUUUCUGCAAUGUCUUCCCCGUUAAACCUUGUCUUCACUUUCACGCCCACUUUAUUAUUGCCCUGCUGCCUUCAGCAGAAAAGAACUGCCACUGGUGCCGGUGAUGUCAUCAGCAGGUGACAAAGAGAGGUUCAAAUUGUGUGUAUGUUCUUCAAGGUAUUAGUUUUUUUUCCCCCCCAAAAAUACAUUUUUUACCCUGAAAAAAACAGGACUCAAAAACAGAAUCUUCUCAGUUGUGAUGCGAUCAACCUGAAGUCAAAACGUGGCAGGGGCAUUUACCUUUUUUUUUUGUAGAUAAAUACAAUUAAUAUUCUGUCCUUUUUUAAUUGUCCUCACACAUUAAAGUUCUUUAUGUUAACCCCAAUAAGUCACUGUCUUGUUCUACCUCAGAUCCAGUAACAUCUUUCCAUGAAACAAAGUCAGCUGUUUGUACUCCCAUUAUAAUGCAUGUUUCUAUAUUUUUGUUGUAUGUUUCUUUACAUAAUAAAGAACAAUGAUGGACUUAACACUAUG